UGGUGCACACUUGCAUCUCCUCUAGCUUCCCACCUUACAGCUGCAGGAAGCACUACUGCAGCUGCCAGAAGUGUUCAUGGACAUGUGGAUAAACCUGGACCCACCACAGGUGCCCAGGACACCUUGCUUGAGCCCACCUCUGGUACCUCCCUGAGUGAGUUAUCCACGUGGUUUUGUGUCCAUGCCAUGGAGGUUCACCACCACCAGGUUCCCAAGCUGGCUUUUGACACUUGGAGACACUUAGAAGCUGAGCUGAGACCCCUGAAGCCCACAGGUCUGUGGCUCUGCUGGAGGAAGCAUGAGGGAUCUCAUGUAUCUUGGCCUCAGUAGAUCCACACUGGCUGUAGCCCAGCUUGGAUUUGUUUCUGGAUUAUUUGUUCCAGGAUUUUCCAGGAACCCAUGUCUAGAGGCCACCACAGAAUUAAGGGACUUUUUUGCCAAAGCCCGAAAUGGUUCAGUUCGGCUCAUCAAGGUCAUCAUUGAGGACGAGCAGCUCGUGCUGGGAGCCCACAAAGAGCUGUCCCGGCGCUGGGACGCCGACUACGACGCCUUGGUGCUGCCCUUGCUGGACGAGCAGCAGCCCUGCUACGUCCUGUACCGCCUGGACAGCCAGAACGCCCAGGGCUACGAGUGGCUCUUCAUCUCCUGGUCCCCUGACAGCUCCCCGGUCCGGCUGAAGAUGCUGUACGCUGCCACCAGAGCCACUGUGAAGAAGGAGUUUGGCGGGGGGCACAUAAAGGACGAGAUGUUUGGCACAGUGAAGGAGGACGUGUCCCUGAGUGGUUACCAGAAGCACGUGUCCUCCUGCUCUGCCCCGGCCCCACUGACCGCAGCUGAGCAGGAGCUCCAGCAGAUCCGCAUCAACGAGGGUCGUGUGGCCCAGCCUCCCCUGUCCUCCAGCAGAGAGGUGGCACAGCUCCCUCCUCCUGGCAUAUCUGUGUGUCCCCAACCCCUUCUCCUGUCACACGAGACCCUGCUGUCCCUGCGCCGGGUGCCAUUGACAGUGUGUCUCCUCUCCCCACGCUCGCAGGAUUCCUGUUCCCAAGACUCGAGCACUGAGAUGGUGAAGACGGAGAUCAGCGUGGAGAGCAAGCACCAGACGCUGCAGGGCCUGGCCUUCCCCCUGCAGCUGGAUGCCCAGCAAGCCAUCCAGGCUCUCAAGCAGAAGAAAAUCAACUACAUCCAGCUGAAGCUGGAUCUAGAGCGGGAGACCAUCGAUCUGGUGCACACGAGCCCCACGGAGAUCGCUGACCUGCCCAAGAGGAUCCCCCAGGACUCUGCUCGCUACCACUUCUUCCUGUACAAGCACUCACACGAGGGAGACUACCUGGAGUCUGUUGUCUUUAUCUACUCCAUGCCUGGGUACAAGUGCAGCAUCAAGGAGCGCAUGCUCUACUCUAGCUGCAAGAGCCGGUUGCUGGACACUGUGGAGCAGGAGUUUUGCCUGGAGAUAGCCAAGAAGAUCGAGAUCGACGACGGAGCGGAGCUGACGGCCGAGUUCCUGUACGAGGAGGUGCACCCCAAGCAGCACGCCUUCAAGCAGGCCUUCGCCAAGCCCAAGGGGCCCGUGGGCAAGCGGGGACAGAAGCGGCUGAUCAAGGGGCCGGGCGAGAAUGGCGAGGACAGUUAGAUCCCGCAGGGCCGGCGGCGAACGGACACCAUCCCUGCGGCGCUUCCCGCCUUCCUCUCCGCUGACCUGGGGAUCUUUCCCUCCAUCUCAGCCUUUUUUUUUUUUUUUUUUCCUUUUUUUUUCCUAUUUCAUUCCUUUUUUUUAAACAUCUGGAUGGCUUGUUGCACCUGGGGGCAGAGCGAUGGGGAGGGUUCAGGGUUGUCGGUGUUCUUUUCCUGUGUCCUUGUGCAAGCCCCGGGGCUGCAGGAGGAGGAUGGGAGCAGCAGAGCCAUGGCCCCAGCCUUGCUCCUGUCCCCCUCAGGGUCACAGCCACUGCUCUCGGUGUCCCCUGGGUGACUGAAGGACACGCUCACCUGAAAGCUGCUCUAUGCAAAGGGAAGGGGGUUGGGGAAUCCUGUUUGAAAAGAGAAAAAGUUUCUUCCCCUGCUCCCCCAGCCUCCAGACUUUGUUCCCCUGUCCCGCUCUUGGUGUGCACAGCCCCUCUGCCCCAGGCCUGGAGCGAUCCCGCACCCCUUCAGGGUGUGGGCAGGACCCCCUGUGGGGUGGGCUUUGCUUCCUGUGGGAUGGGAGUUUCUCCCUGUGGAGAGCCAGGCAGCAGGAGGUGGAAGUUCCCCACUGAGUCCUGAGCUCAGCCUGGACCUGGAGAAAGGUCACUCUGCCUUUGGGUGAUGUUUGCAUCCCCUUUUUGAACUGCCCCAGUAAGGUUUUCCCCCUCAAAAAGAGCUGUUACAGCCCUGACUCAGCCCUAUCCCUGUUCAGGAUGGGAGCUGAGGGGUUCCUGAGCCCUGGUCCCCAACUCCCCAUUCCCCAGCCCCCCACCAUUACCUUACCCCCCAGGUUCUCAGCUGGGUCUCUGGUCUGGGGCAGCCCCAUGUCUCAAUAAUCACAUGGGCUACCCUAAAUCCUUGUGUGGGGGAGCAUGACAGCCCCUGUGUGCCCCCGGGGAUGUCCCCAGCCACCAAGGACCAUCGUCAGCUCCAUGGUCUGAGCUUGGCACUGUGAUUUGGGCUGCACUGGGGGCUUGGGGGGAGAGCACCUUGCUGCUGGGUACCAGCGAGGGCUCGAGAGCCACCUGCCUCCCUGAGAGGAUGGAAAAGGGGUCAGUGAAACUGCCCUCUGCUGUCCAGCUGUGGCGGUGAACGUGCCGAUGUUGCCUUGGCCUCGGCGGAGUCAGGGGGUUGAAGCUGGGGGGAGCAGAGCACACUGUACUGAACGCUGUAUUUUCUAAAGAAUAAAGUAUUUUUAAAACAG